GAGCGGAUCGUCGCGAUGAGCGGCGCCGAGGCCGAAGCUGGUGCUGAAGCCGAGCCAGAUGCAGAGGGGGCCGCCGGCGGUGGCGUAGUUGGUGGCGGCACCACGCGCAUCAGGGUGCCCAACUUGAACUCUGAUGACCCGCAGGAGCGAAUCGCCGCCCGCCGACUCCGUAUCGCUGCCCGACUAGAGGCCAAGCGCAGAGAGGCUCUUGGAGAAGAUCCAGAUCUAAAGAAGCUUGUGGAGGAAGAAAAGAGCCGGAGCUACAAACAAAUAGAAGAGAGCAGACAGAGACUGGCCAAACUACUGCUCGAUGGCACACAACUGGUGACAAACAUCCAGGUGGCAGCAGAUGCUCGGGAGGCGCAGAGGAGGUCAGAGGAAGAGGAACUGAGUCGGCAGAGGCUCGAGAAGCUGGAAAAUGAAGCCAAAGCCAACCAGGACAAGUUUGAUGAGAUCACCUCCAAGUGGGGCACUGCCAAGGAGAAGACCAUCCCCCAAGACUUGUGGGACGUGCUUAACCUGCAGCAGCAGCAUUGUGCACUCCUGAUUGAGGAGAAAAACAAGCUCAUCAGUGAGCUGCAGCAGGAGCUGAAGAGCAAAGAUGACCAAUAUGUGAAGGACCUCAAGAAGCAGUCAGAUGAUAUUAACCUUCUGCUGGAGCGAAUGGAGGAGCAGAUCAAGAAUGUUAUGAGAAACUACCGUCGAGAACUCUUGCAGAUUGAGAAGGCCUUUGAACUGGAGCGGCGUGAACAACUGUCAAGCAACAAGAAGAAAUGGGAGCAAGCUAUGCAAGCCCUCAACCAGCAAGAGUUGGAGUUUAUGACAGCCCGCCUGAAGAAGGUGGAAGAAUAUGAGUGGGAGUUGAAUCGGCUGCGGAUACAAGAUGCCGAGGAAUACAAUGUUAUCAAGAUCAAGUUGGAGCAUGAUGUGCAGAUCCUAGAGCAACAACUCCAGCAAAUGAAAGCCACAUACCAGCUGAACCAAGAGAAGCUGGAGUACAACUUCCAGGUGCUGAAGAAGCGAGAUGAGGAGAAUACCAUUAUCAAAUCUCAACAAAAGCGGAAGCUCAAUCGGUUGCAUGAUGUGCUCAACAACUUGCGCCAGAAACUGGCCAAGCAGAUCAAGCAGUACCGUGAGGAGAACCAAACGCUGACGGCUGACUACAAGCGCAUUGUAGAGCAAUAUAAGGACCUGCAGAGGACCAUGAGACACUUUGCCACCGUGGACGCUGAGCACUUUUUGGAGGUGUGGCUGAUGAAUGAGGAGGAGGCCAAGGGGCUGAUCCGCAAAGCCCUUGAUGCUGACCGGGUCAUCAACAUCCAGCAGUUGGGGCUACCCUGGACAGAGCCGGACAGCUGGUUUCUGCAUAAUGUGGGGCCCAUCACACAUCACAAGAAGAAGAAGUCGGCCACUGAGCUGGCCCGGGAGGUUAUCAUGAUGGAAUCGAGCAAAGUAAAACGAGAGUCUACCACCCAGUCAGAAAGCGGUGCUCCAGAAGAGAAGGAAGUGGCCCCUGAGGAGGGUGACAAGGGGCCUGUCGAAUCCGAGACAGAACUCCCGUAUCUCUGGUCCAUCUCACAAGCAACAGUCAAGCACGUAUUGGAGCUCCUGUGUGAUGAGUCGGGCUUUGUGAUUGAGAGCAAGCUGCGGGGGCUCCUCCAGCCUCUAGAGAAGCAUGACCGCACCCUCAUGAGACUGGACUCCAUUUUCUCAGCCCUAUCAAUUGAUAAUGAAGAUGAUUUGUAUUACAUGGUGGACUUCUUCAUGAAGUACAAGGCUCAGUGCAUGCUCUCCCUUGAGGAGACAGAAGUGAAGGUGGACACAGCUUCUGAAGAAGCACCUCAAGAUGGGACAGCAACCAGUGAAGAAGAGGCCUCUUUUGUUACACGAGAGGAGGCCAAGGGUCUUGUGGUCUCAGCCAUAGAUCCCUCCACAAUACGCAUGCACCCCAAUGACAUCCUAAAGGCCCUCAGGGCUUUUGUGUGGGAAUUCAAGGAGCCAAGGGGGAAGCACCCAAGCUUGAAGCAAAUUCAUGAAGAGCGGGACACCUCCAAGGACUCAGAGUAUUGGGACGCAUUGACCCACAUCAUCCCGGAUGGCAAGCUGAAACUGUGGGAUGCAUUAAUAGAAGCCCUGCAGAAAUAUGACUAUGUUCUGACUCAGAGAGACAAGUUGAUCACGGAGACCGAUGGGCUGCAGAAGCAGAAUGUGGAACUCCGGAUGCUGCUCCAUCAGUAUUUGCAUUCUCCAGUCAAUGCUGAGCUGCUGAUCCCUCCCACCCACCUCCUGAACCUGCACCUCAGUUCCCCAUGAUUUUCUCGUCUGCAGGAGUAGCAAGGCCAGUUGCUUCCCUGGCAGCAGCAUCUCUUCUUUGCCUGGUGUAUGAGUGGGAGUUGUUCCAGGAAACCUG